AUGCAUUUCGUCAAGCUGGUAGCACCGCUUGUUUUUACGGGCCUCAGUAGCGCAACCCAAGGCUUUGACACUUUUCUCGGGCCAGUCUUCGAUAUCCACUCCAGUACAAAUGUCUUCUCACCAUUUGGCGGCGACGACAUCACCCGCGAGCUCUCUACAUACUGCGAGAACAUCACAAACACGUCGCUGAUGAUCGCCGCUCGAGUCACGUCGAUCUACGCCGACGAGCCAUUAUUCUCCUUCUAUUAUUCGACGGAUCAAAACAAGAAUGUCGACGAAGGUACAGUUUUCCGCAUCGGCAGUGUCUCUAAACUUUUCACCAUAUACACACUCUUGAUCUCUGAAAGCUAUGACAUCUUUUCGCGAUGGAUUGGAGACUUUAUACCCGAAUUGGUAGCUCCCACGGAGGCAGCACCAAUCCUCAACACUACCAACAGUUUCGAACGACUUACCGCCAACUGGUCGGAGAUCACUAUUGGUGCUUUGGGUUCACACAUGGCCGGCAUCGCAAGGGAUUACAAUCUAGGGGAUCUGGCAAAUCUCCCGCAUACGCCUGGCCUUCCUAACCUUACGCACUCCGUCUUCCCAGGCUGCACCGACGAGAACAGUGCACCAACUUGCUCUCGCUCAGACUUCCUCGCGGCAAUACAAAAGCGUGACGCAGUCUUUGAGGCUUUCCAAACCCCGGCAUACUCAAAUAAUGCCUUCCGACUUCUAGGAUAUGUCGUGGAGAAAAUCACCAACAAGAACUAUUCUGCCUCGCUGCGCAGUCUGGUACUGGAACCGCUGGGCUUGAACUACACAUAUGCAAGUAAGCCACAGGAUAUUCUCGGCGCCAUUUUGACAAAUGCAACCGACUCUGGCUGGUCAGACGACAUUGGCGAUGAGACACCCUCUGGUGGCCUCUACUCGACAGUCAAGGACCUGUGCUCCCUCGGGGAAGCGAUCCUGAGCAGCCGUCGGCUCUCACGCCUGGACACGAGGCGCUGGCUGAAACCUUCGGCGCACACAUCGUCCCUGUUUCUUUCCAUCGGCAUGCCUUGGGAGAUCUACCGCACCAACAUAUCGGGCCGGGUUGUAGAUCUCUACUGUAAAUCCGGCAGCAUUGGAACUUACAAUUCCUGGUUGAUCUUGGUCCCGGAUUAUGGCAUCGUCAUCUCGGAAUUGGUCGCUUCGUCCGGAGAUCUUCAGCUGCCGCCUCGUUUGGCCGAUAUUGUAACGACAAGGACUCUGCAAGUCAUCGCUGACCGGCAAGCGCGAAUGCAGCGACUUGUGGGGUGGUAUCACAGGCGCAGCGCCGCCACCACCAGCGUCGAGUCUGACAGCCUUCAACUGGUCGUUCCAUCAGAAGGGCCAGGCCUCGAGGUUCGAAGAUGGUUCAGCAACGGGGUUGAUUUUCUGCAGGUGGCGGACGACUACUCACGUUCUACCGGCAGCGGGAGUCUCCUAUCUGUACGGCUUUACCCGGCCAUUCUCUCAGAGGAUGGCAGGGAGCUGAGGCUACGAGCGGUGUUCUUGACGGAUCACAGUCCAAAGUCCGGUCUCACAGUCGCUCAAAUGGGUGGUGUCCCCCAGCUCUUUGGACAAGCUACCGAAGCGUGGGACAACGUCGACCAGUUGACUUAUGGUGGGCAAGCUCUCGAUGAAUUCAUUUUCCAGGUCGACUCAAUCGUUGACGCCGUCACCGUGAGAAUCCCCGGCUUAAGAGUGACGAUGACGAAAGACGUGAGCUAG